AGGUGUCCUCGCAGUGUUUAUCUGUAUGUAGACAAUAUUAGAUCACGUGUUGCUGCCUCAGGCCGCCGUGCAUUCUAGGCCUUUUUGGGUUUUCUCCAGACUCAUAUUAUUGACAUUCGACAUCUUUCUUCUUUUCUUUUUUUCGUCCUCUCCACCGUCUCCAGCAGCCGUCAAAAUGCCUUCUUUUUGCGCUGCAUCAUCGAAAUUGGCAUUUUCCACAGUUAUAAAAAGUGUCUUUCGCGCAGAAGUUGCCCUCGAGCGUCGAUUCCCCGGCUCUCUUUAUCACCAGAAUAAUUCUUUCCCUCGCCACCAACUCCAAACCAAGCGACAUUUUUCUCACAUCCCAACCCUCCGUUUCCCAGAAUCUCAUUUCCAACCCUCCCAGCCUGAAUUAUCGUCCGCUUCGAACGCCUCUAGCGCACAACGUCCACGCAGUGACCGACCGAAGAGUCCCAAAACUAGUCUCGAUAAACCUCCGAUAACCAAGAAGAAGAAGCCAGAGGGCUGGCAAAUCCAGAAGGGUGCUUUGAAAAAGAAAUUUAAGGAAGGAUGGAACCCGACCAAAAAGCUUUCUCCGGAUGCUAUCGAAGGAAUUCGUCAGCUACACGGUGCAUCGCCCGAUAAAUUCACGACGCCUGUUCUCGCGGAACAGUUCAAGGUCUCCCCAGAGGCUAUCCGCCGGAUUCUGAAAAGUAAAUGGCGCGCAUCCGAGCCUGAGAUGGAGGACCGACGCAAACGAUGGCAGAAACGUCAUGACCGGAUCUGGAGUCAAAUGGCUGAGCUGGGUCUCAGGCCAAAGACGAAGCGAACCAAUCCUCUUUCCGAUUCCAAUAUAUUGUACGAUAAGGAUAGGACGGAGUGAUUUGGUGUUGCUCAAGCCACUGUAAAACCACUGUAUCAUAGAAACCACCCUGUAUAGAGUUGCAUAUGCAUUCCUGGCGUUGUCUUAGUUGAAUCGGCAUUACAAUUUAGUCCGCAUUAAUCUCACACUUAUCUGAUCUAGAAUACAUUAGAAAUUAUUCGUCC